AUGUCCGGCCUCGUUGCCCCGGAGACCCUGCCCCUACCCGACGACAUUCUCACGUUCACCGAUCACGCCACGGGUGAAACUCAUCGGACGACACUUCAGCAUGUCAUCGAUUUUGCUUUUGUGAUCGAUGGCGAAAACACUACCGAGUCACAUCGUCCGCUGGGUUCAUCUUACUGUGAUGACCCAUCUCUUAUCCGUGCUCUCCACCCAAACCCGGUGGUGCAACCUACAGCAUCCGUAACUACUGUAAGCUUCCCCACGGGUCCACCAGCACUACCCCCCUAUCGGCGCCAACUACUGCAGCCGUCACUGCACAUUGACGCAUUUCUGCAACAGGAGCUACCUUCUCCCCUGCCGUCUCCAUUGGAAGCUCCAUGCAUUUCAUUGGCUGAUGACCAAGCAGCUUCCCAAGCACAACGGGUCUCGCGAGCCGCUGCACGAUCACAACGAGCAGUUCAUCGUACCCUAAUCUCGCCAACUCUGGUGCACCUCCCUCCAAUGGAACUCACGAGUCGCCUCUCAUGCGACCCAUGGAUCGGAUUCACCCCUCAUCCUGGCAUAUUCACCUACCUGUAUGACCUUUCUUUCGGGUCUGGCAGUCUGUCGGUAGCCCACUUUUUGCCGCUCACCGACCAUGAGCGACGAACGUGGAACGAUGAUGCCGCUGUCAACCCACGGAACUUUUCGGCGUCAGUGUCACCACCCCGUCCGCGCAGCCUCCAGAGCGCUCAAGCCAUCCUAUAUGCGCUUGACACCCUUGAUGCUUUCUUCCUCCCAUCUGCCUACGGCUCUCCUACAGCAUCCCAAUACUUCAGUUGCACCAAACGUUUUUGUACCGCUCUCAAUCGGCGCUUCCCAAUUGCCCCCCUCAGUGUCCCCGUAGUGGUGGCAUGGUUGGACGAUCAAUUUCACUCGUUUGGCAGCGCAAUCGCAACCGAUUUCCAAUAUGCUCGUCGUCCUUCCGUUCACACACAGUCCUUCACUACGUUCGACAUCGACGGGCCAGCCUCAUACCAGCUGCAAAUGUCUAUAACGCAGGCGUACCCCGUAUCUCAGCCAACCCGCACCGUCCAUCACAAACCUACACGACACUCGAACACUACGGUUCAAUCCGACAGCAUCGGCCAGCAUUCCACUGCACAGCACUCUAGGGUGGGCAUUCCACCAGCAGUCCGAGACAAUAUUCUCACGUCAGACGGCAAGGUCGCACCUAGCACCAUCGUCACCACUGACUACAUCAUGGGACCCCCCAACCCCAUCGACACCACAGUCCAUACACACACACGGUCCACCAACUGCGUGGCAUCACUCAGUCACACCAUGUACGGUCAAUCCGUCAACUCGUGUACCAACAAAGACAAACUAUCUCUUGUGGAAUGGCCAAAGUUCCUACAUGUCACAAGACGCAUCAAUGCCCUACGGGCCUCACUCGCACCAAACACCGCAAUUAAGGGCAUGAUCGGUGACGUGGUAUCGGCCUAUCGCCACCUAAGCGCAUCGUGCACCGACACCGUUUGGUUCGGACUCGCAGUCCCCGAAGCCGGUGUAAUCGGCAUUGACAUGUCAGCCCCCUUUGGCUGGUGUGGUAGCCCCAAUAUCUACUGCGCAUUUGGCAACGGCAUCUCGUGGCUAGUCUCACGCGAAUCGCGCGCAUUACUGCUCCCUAAAAUGUCGAGUGAUCAUCGACCCUUCUGGGGUUUCAACUACAUCGACGAUCAUAUUCUUAUUGAACAAGAUAUCGGCCAUCGACUGUCGUGUGCCAACAAUGCCCUCCGACUUGCGAUGAUGGCAACGCUCGGUCCCACCAGUCUUAACCUACAAAAGUUCACGCCAUGGUAA